CGGGGAGGUGACAACACAGCCCAGAGCUGACUGCAGACCCAGCCUCGCUCUCACAGCACUAGCAGCAGCAGCACUGAGGUAACAGCAGGCAGGCAGCGGCUCUCCUCCGUCACCAUCCCCGGAGAUCUGGGCUCCUCCAGCCAUUCUUCCCUUCCUACAGCCGGGAGGGAAGGAGGAGGAGGACAUGUAUCCUGGAGCCUGGCACUAGGAGCCCGCUUCUUCACACCUCUUCUUAUCACACCACUGCCUGACACAAGUCACCGUGCAUGUUCGGCUGCCAGUGCACCCAGGAGAAGGGGACGAUGAAAAUGAACCGACUGAGGACUGGCAGUCUGAGAUCCCUGACUCUGGAGAUGAAGUGCACCAUCCGCCUGCUGGAUGACACCGAGAUCUCCUGCAGUAUCCAGAAAGAGACCAAAGGCCAAUUUAUUAUUGACUAUAUCCACAAUCACUACAACUUGUUAGAAAAGGACUACUUUGGAAUUCGCUUUGUUGACCCAGAAAAACAGCGGCACUGGCUUGAUCCUAACAAACCCAUUGUCAAGCAAAUGAAAUCUCAUCCACCAUACACCAUGUGCUUUAGAGUGAAAUUCUACCCACAUGAGCCUUUGAAGAUAAAAGAAGAGCUUACAAGGUAUCUUCUGUACCUACAAAUUAAGAGGGAUAUUUUCCAUGGACGCCUUUUAUGCUCCUUUGCUGAUGCUGCUUUCCUGGGUGCUUGUAUAGUUCAAGCUGAGAUCGGUGAUUAUGAUCCUGACGAACAUCCUGAUAAUUACAUCUGUGACUUCAAGAUAUUCCCUAAGCAGUCACAAAAGCUGGAAAGGAAAAUUGUUGAGAUCCAUAAAAGUGAACUUAGAGAUCAAAACCCAGCUGUUGCAGAAUUUAAUUUGCUGUUGAAAGCACAUUCCCUGGAAACGUAUGGUGUCGACCCUCAUCCAUGCAAGGACUCAACAGGGACCACAACUUUUCUAGGAUUCACUGCCGCGGGGUUUGUCGUUUUCCAGGGAAAUAAAAGGAUACAUCUAAUAAGAUGGCCAGAUGUCUGCAAAAUGAGAUUUGAUGGGAAGACAUUUUAUGUUGUUGUAAUGCAGAAGGAGAAGAAAACUGUUUUAACCUACCAUACCUCAACACCAGCCGCCUGCAAACAUCUCUGGAAAUGUGGUGUCGAAAAUCAGGCCUUUUACAAGUAUGCAAAAUCCAGCCAAGUAAAGACAAUGACAAGCAGCAAUAUUUUUUUUAAAGGGAGUCGAUAUCGAUACUGUGGAAAAGUUGCAAAAGAAGUUGUUGAAGCCAGCUCAAAAAUUCAAAGGGAUCCUCCAGAAGUCCACAGGUCAUUAAUACCCCACAGUCGCAGCUCUUACUCCUUAAACAAGCAGCUAAUCAUCAACAUGGAACCAUUGCAGCCUCUCAUACCAUCUCCAAGUGAGGAGGAUGAAGAGGAAGCAGCACCAACUGAAGAAGGUGUCCUGCUUUCACAUCACAAUGAUGUCAGUCCCCCUCCUGUGGCUGGCGUUUCCCCUGCCAGAGAUAGGGAAGUAAUACCAGAUAUUAGGCACGAUGAGGAAGAAAGUUUGAAGGAGGAGCCUUUAACAAUCUCAGAGCAGAUGUAUAACCCAAGUGCUAGCUUGCUGCCUACACCAGUAGACGAGGGCGUUGAGAUGCUUUUUAAUAGUUCCCUCAGACCAGAGAGCGACAGAGACGAUGUUGAUUCAUUUGAGGAGUUUGAUGCAGAUGAACAUGCAUUUUUGAUUGCAGAGGAGGAAGAGCUGAAGGAAGCCAGGAAAGCCCUAAGUGUAAGCUACAAUUUCCUAAUGGGAAACAUGCAGCUGAAUGCCUUCCUGAAGAGCUUCUCCCGACUUGUUUUGGUGGCAUUGGGGUUGCUUUUGGUGCUUCUUCCUCUUCUUCUCGUCUUGCUGGAAUCGGACAUUGACAUUUCCUUUCUUCACGAAAUCCGUCAAACACCAGAAUUUGAGCAGUUCCACAACGAGUACUACUGUCCACUUAGGAAGUGGCUGGCAUGCAAGAUCAGCUCGGCAAUUAACGUCGCCAACAGCUCAUAAUUUAUUGCAAUAUUAACAUCUGAGGGUUAUAUUCAAAUCUUUAUUCUCCCCGCCAUAUCAAAGAGGUAUUUUUCCUCUUCAAGGGGUUAUGUAAACUGCUACCAAAAUGAAGAAAGUACAUUGUAAAAAUUAUUGAUUUUUUUUUUUGCUUUUUUACUGUAUAGUGGGGUUAUUAUGUAUAUAUUCUUAGAUGCUGACAUGGUGUGUUUUGUCCUUGAUUUUUGGCAGUUCUGGUUGGUUCAUUUUGGAUAUAAACCUCAGAUUAUUGUCCCCCAAGUCCUUUCCAUGUCAUAGAGAAGCGGAACAUAUCACACAAGUGUGGUCUAGGUGUCUCUGGCAGUGGAAGAAAUAACCGAUGCCUAUACAAGCAACAUUUUUGCUGGUUUUAUUUUCUUAACUUUUUAUGUGUUUCAAUAUUUUGGUAAAUUUGUAGUAAAGAAAUGUCUUCUUAACUUAUGUAAUUGUACAGAGCGAAAAGAUUAAUGCACAAAAGCA